ACUAUUAAUAUUAAUGUAACAUAUAUUACGAGAUCAUGUCGAGAAAUAACAGUCGUUUUUACAGAAUAAACUCAACAUUUUUUGUCAACAAAUAAAUUCUGUCACUGGUACUAAGGAACAAAUUUGUUGUGUAAAAUAAAAAACACGUGCACACCGUUCGAUUAUGCAGUCGAUCAAACGCGUUUAAUAAAAGUCGAUCGAUCGUUAAUUAUCUCGCGGAAAAAUCGAUUCGAGCGGUAAUUCUCACGGGCGAAUAGCGAGAGAGGGGUUGGCGCUCUUUUUUUCCCGCGAUUAGCAAAUCGGCGGGGGCAACGAAAGAAGAAGAGGCCAACAAAGGAAGAGAGGUUCCCGUCCUCCCCCCUCCCAUCGGUCACCUUUAACGCGCUCGCCGAGGCUCGACGGCUGCCGACGGCAUCGCGAUCGCAGUAGUCAAACGCAAACUGUCGCCGAAGCGGCGAGAAGAGCCCAUCGCCGGGCUAUAUACGCGAAUAUCGGGAACGCGAACGUACGAACGAACGAACGAACGAAUUUGCCUACCUAGACGAUGUGAUCGGCCUCUCGUUGCCUCGUCGUGCCAAUUAUAUCGACAAUUUCCGAGCGGCUCUAAAGUCGCCCUCCGGGCCGAGCGUUCUCCGGGCGACCCAAUUCUCCGGCCGGAAUAUAAAGAUGGGGAACAAACGAAAAUAAUACUAACCUCGCGGCGGGGCACGUCGUGUCUCCUCGGCGGCUCCACCUCCGUCAUCCGGGGAAAUCGGCCCGAGAUUGCGUGCGAGGACGAUUGCGAGAGAGCGAUUUCGCGACACGGCAGCACGGCGGAAAGCACCGACGAUCCCCCGCGGCCAGGAGUGUCGUUAACUCGCGGAUCUUCGACACAAGUACGUCGCCUUUGAUGAACGAGAGUGAUCCACGACAACGCCGUGAAGUUGCCCGCGGUACGCCGUACCAAUCUCCGACGUUUGCGCCGAGUCGCGACUGAACGGAGACGGAAGAUUCUACAAAUUCUGAUGAAAACUUUGUACCGGCCGAUUGUUUGAAUCCGAAGCGUUAACGUGCGGUUUUAAAAUAACAGUCUGUUUUCGAAAAAAAAAGGAGAAAAUAGAAUAUAGCUGAAGUAAAAAAAAUAAUCUGUGUAAAUCCAUAAAAUGUGAUAAUUCGUGCAUCGAGUACACCGUACAACGAAUCAUGUUCCUAUUAAAGAUCGAGCAAUUGACAAAUUGUAAGAAACCUGAAACGUUAAACGGGAGCAUUAAAUAACGUAAAAUAACGCCAGUAACUAGCUUCAAUUAAUUUACUCGCGAGAUGUAAAAAAGAAAAACGAAAGAGCGAAUCUCAAACACCGGGCGCAAGUCCGCGACGGUGUGAAGUAAACAGAGAUGCGAUAACAGCCGCGGCAACUUCAGGUGUGACGCGCGCAGGACAUUGACAAGUGUUACGACGUAAACGGUGCAUCUCCUACAAGAAGAAAAAAGAGUCGCGCAGACUGCACAUCAUUCGCGUUGGAUAGAUCGAGAAACUGCGAAAAUGGGGGUGAAGAAUUUCAUCAUGAAGAGGAUUCCCUUCUGCAAGCUGAAGGCGAAGCGAAAAUACCAUGGCACAAACGGAACGGCGCCGGUGCAAAAUGCGGCUCAGACAGACCAACCGGCAGAUUCCGACAACGUCAGCGUCGGAAGUGGCAAUUCGAAUCUUAGUACCGGUGCACUCCAGAAUAUCAGAGAGCAAAUGGCGGCAUCUCUGGAACGGAUGAAAGAGCUGGAGGAACAGGUCAAGGCGAUUCCCAUGCUGCAGGUGCAAAUCUCAGUAUUGAAAGAAGAGAAGCGCAAUCUCCUGCGGCAAGUGGACGAGCUGAGUAGAACGAAUUUCUGCAACGACGCCCUACAUAGGUAUCGCAGUCAGUCAUUCUCAGAACAGCGAAUCACCUUGCAAAAUCUGAAGAACUCUGCAAACGUGUCUACCAGAGACAUGGGAACCAUGUGCGGUGUGAUGACAAGAGACGUCGGGGUAUCGUACCAGCCAGUUCGAACGAGAGAUGUCGGUAUGAUAACAAGCACACCGAUCAAGCCAUCGUUACAGAAAAGCCAUCUGCGAAUCGAGGAGAUUGUACCGGAGAUCCAGGACCAGAGCACUGUUCUAGCAAACGAGACAUUAUCAAACCUCUCGAACUCCCAGCAUUCUUGCUGGAAAUCGAAUUUGACGCGCAGUCAAUUGAUGCUGGAGGAGAUCCUGCCGGAGAUACGAAAAAAGCAGCUAACAAGAACUCCGCUUCAAGUGGAAUCAAUACCGCCCAAUGAAAACGAUUCAAUUAGUCGUAAAAUUAUGAAAAAGACUCGAGACUUCGGUAUCAAUACAGAGAAUAAACCCAAGAGGCUUCAGUACAGUCAUUUCCUAAUCGAGGAUAUUGCACCAGAAAUAAAGAAGGAAAUUAAGAAGCGUUCCUGCGGUACAUCAACAAGAUUGAGUAUGAAGGAUGUCCUGAUGAAUGAGGAUGUUGAAUUGCUCGUGGAGCAGGCUUUGAGAAAUUACAAGAACAGCCUGGUAAAAGACACUUUCUCUACGGGCAUUCAAUGCAAUCCGGAAACACCUGAGAAGCGGGAUCAGGCGGUCCAGGUGAUGGAACAGUUCAAAAUGCGUUCGCACGUGAGUGUAACUGCCAAGCCGAUGUCAUCGGAGAUUGGGACCCAAGUCAGAUUUGGUUCCUGCACCAGGAGCGUGUGCGUCGGACCGGAUCCAGUGGCGGUGCAAUCGCCAGUGUCGUUGAACUUGAUGAACUCGAGGAGUCAUUCAUUCAACUACGGUGAUACGCGGACGAAGACAAAACCCAGCAAGUCAGUCGCGGUGAUGGUGGAGGACUUGGUGAGAACUAUCGCUCGCGGCACCGAUACUUCCGGUCUUACGCCAAGAUGUCGAGACUUUGGCACUUCGACGAUGAAGAAAACGUUGGUUGACGUGUCAGUCGGUGAGUCUGUGAGACCACACAUUUCAAUCUCCUGCGCGGCGAAUUAUUGCGACAAUUGCAAGGAAACGAUCAAGAGUCUGGCAAAGCAGAUCACGAACAAUGCGGAAAACAACUUAAAUCAUCAGAACAGCAACAUGAUAUCCAGGAUUCCGAGGCCGUCCCAUAUUCCUCUGAAUACUAGCGAUCAUAGAAGACAGUUCAAGCGUCAGGAUACUUACACAAAAAUACCAGCCUCUGGUGUGAUAAGAUACGAUGCCGACAAUAAGGAACAAUACGACAGUAGCAAUCGUAUUCAACAGUUACAAUCCGAGAAAACCAAGGAUGAGAAGAUUGCAUCAGAAGAGAUGCAUAAGGUGGAGAAGGAGGCGGAUAACGAGGAGAAAUCCGAGCUACCCGAAUCAGCUCUGUUUCAACCAAUUCAAGAUAAGCCUAGAAAAAAGGUCGAGCCCUCGAAAGAAAUGCAAGCCGCUAUGAAAGUGCUCAACGAUAGUAUCAAGAAGUCACCUAGCAGAAAUAUCUCUCAUCAGCUUAAGAAUGCUACAAAUAUUAUACAGCAAGAAUGGUUCAAAAUAUCCAGCACAUCUAGCGCAAAUCCGUUAGAUGUCGAGGAUUAUCUGGAUCGUUUCGAAGAAUAUUCCAGUACUCUACUGGAAUACAUCGUUAAUAUGACAGAUACCAGUGGAAAUACAGCGAUGCACUACGCUGUCUCUCAUGGCAAUUUCGACGUGGUGUCUAUAUUGUUAGACUCAAAAGUCUGCGACAUUAAUAAAGCGAACGUGGCUGGUUACACGGCUGUGAUGUUAGCUGCUCUGGCAGAAGUCAGAAAUUCCACGCACGCUUCGGUGGCGAAUAGAUUGUUUCAGCUUGCCGAUGUCAAUAUCCGAGCAAAAUUGCAUGGGCAAACUGCGUUGAUGUUGGCGGUAUCGCACGGACGCAAGGAUAUGACACAACUACUCCUAAAUGCUGGUGCAGCUGUUAAUAUCCAGGAUGAAGACGGUAGCACCGCGCUAAUGUGUGCCGCGGAACACGGCCACACCGACAUCGUAAAAUUACUCCUUGCGCACCCAGACUGCGACCCAUCUAUCGUCGACGUGGAUGGUAGCUCAGCCCUGAAGAUCGCCCUGGAGGCGGGUAACAGGGAUAUCGGAGUGCUACUUUACGCGCACGAGCACGUUAAUCGGGGUAUCAGUCCGUAUUCGACUUUAAGGCGAAGCAGAAGGGGUUCCAAGCCAACAACACCUACUGGACCGUCUCCGUCGGCUCCAGUUAGCCCAGCGCCAUCACGACGCAUUCACUCGUCCAACGUUUCUCUGAACACAUCGAAAUAUUCCAAAUAAUUCUAAUAAUAGAUCCUUAAUUUUCGUGAUCCAUUAUGAUUUUUCUCUUCCUACGUUAUUUCGAAUGUAAUAGUAAUUGGCAAGCGACUCACAGUAUAAUCAGAACUUUACAUUUAUUAUAUUUAAAUGUAACUUUUCUUUUAUAUGAUCUUUUUCAUAUUUUCCUAUAAGUUAUUAUAUUUAUAAUGAAUAUUCUCAUACUAUCUCUAUAAUACUGAGAACAUGCGACGAUACGUUGAAGUCCUCUUGCCUAACAGUCGAUUUGUUUCGAUAGAACUGUAUUGUAUAAUUUAAGAAGUCAAGAAUAAUGCUCAACACUGUAUAUAUCUAUUCAGGGUAACUUGGAAAAAUCUUAUAGUUUAGUUCUUCGUAGCAGUAAUCUUUAGUAAUAAUCCAUUGUAGGUGCUGUUAGACAUUUUGACGAAUCUUUCACAAAUUCUUCAUAAAUUUUAUACAAUUUUGAUUGUAAUAACACACCCUCGAGGAAUACAAUUUUUUCUCUUAGGCGGGUUGUGGAAGUACAAAAUAUUUAAUAUUUAUGAUGAUAUAAUCUACAACAAAAAUCGAUCUUUUUGUGUUUUUUCUUUUUUAUAAUAUUGAACAUUCCAAAAAGAACGGUUGUCGAUUCAAGUUUCUUAAAAUAGAAAUUUAUAUAAUAUUUAGUACACUCAAAUUUCAGGCCUAAUCUCAAAUUACUUCUUGAGGGAUCAAAUCGGUAUCGUAUAUAUACAUUUAUAUGUACGAUUUGCUGCAGAUUACACCGAUAUGAAUAGAGAAGCAUUAAGUAGCAAUAUAUGUAAUAAAUGUAGAUGUUAUAACAGUGUGAGAUUUUUACGAUUCAAUGAUUGACGGCGUUUUCAUGUGUGAGCGACAUCAAACGUACUUAUCAUUGUUCUACGUUGAGAUAAAGAUGUUAGAUGAUGAAAAUUGUAUAAAAACAGUAUAUCUAGUUGUGAAACGCGCGAACGUCGAAAGACUUAUGAAAAUUAUGUUUUUGAACUUGUUAACAAUUUUCAUAUCGAGAAUUUUAUAUACGAUCAUAUCGAGAUGUUAAUAUAUGUUUAUUUAACCGAACGAAUCGUCAACACAAGCAUUAUUAUAAGUAUCGCGCAUUUACGUGAAAGAAUAAUACACAUUGAGCGUUUUUCUUAUAAGGUUGUGAAUAGAUAGAAUUGUAAUUAAAUUAUUUAAGUUCGAGAGAGAUCAAAGAGAGAUCCAUAGCGUUAUCGUAAGUGUUUCUCCGUCUUCGAGAAUAAUUCUGUCACAAUUGUUGGCGUGAGAUAUAAUUGUCUGUAUAUCGAACGUGUAUUAGACAAUGUGCGAAACACCCUGAUACCGUAGGAAUCUAGAAAGUAGAAAAGUACUCCUUAUUGUUUGUGCCUUUAUAUUUAAUAUAUAAUACUAUUAAUAACUUA